AUGGGAGCGGAGCAGUCAAGGGAUGUCACCAAAGGCAAGAAUCCCAGGGGAAUUUGGCUGUUCGGGAAAAGGCAGAGCCUUCUUCCCUGGGAAGACACCCUCCUCUCCGGGAAAGACCCCAGAUCCCUGCUGAAGCGUGGCAUGCACUUUGUUAGCUUCAGUUUGGUCACAAAGGGAAUGUCGGACAUCCCAGAUUUUCUGUGGGGACUGUCGGAGGUCCAGAAGCUAAAUCUGUCCUGCAACCGCCUUCUGAUUCUCCCUCCAGCAGUGGGGAAACUCGAUCGGAUAGUCGUGCUGAACCUCAGUGGGAACUGUCUCAAGUAUCUGCCCAAAGAAAUUGGGCUGCUCAAAAGCAUGAAGGUGCUGUUUGUCAACAUGAACUGCCUGAUGGAAAUGCCAGGGGACCUGAGCCUGUGUCGGAAGCUGGAGGUUCUCAGCCUGUCACACAACUGUGUAUCCCAACUGCCUGCGAGCUUCGCUGACCUGGCCCACCUGAGGAAGCUGAAUCUCAGCAACAACCAUUUUGUUCACAUCCCCAUGUGUGUGUUUUCCCUUAAGGAGUUGGAUUUCCUCCACAUCGGCUCUAACCGGCUGGAAAACAUCGCGGAGAGCAUCGAGCGCCUGGUCAACCUGCAGAUCUUCAUUGCAGAAAGCAACAACAUCCACUCAUUGCCACGGUCAUUGUGCUCUGUGACUAGCCUGGAGUUGCUCGACGUGGACCACAACGAUCUCCAGACACUCCCUGACGAACUGUAUUUGCUGCAUCGGUUGGCCAGGAUCGCCUGGAACCCGAUGGACAAAGGAUUGCAUGUCAUACAUAAUCCUUUGUCUAAACCCCUGCUGGAAGUGGUGGAGGGAGGGUUGGAAAUGCUCUUUAGCUACCUGAAAGAUAAGAAGCAUGGCUAA